AAUUCAAUAUUUUGCUCAAAGCCCCUCUCUCUAUUUCUCACUCUAGGAAAUAAGAAAAGAACAUACUGUGCCUGAAUUUAGGUCUGCUGGUAUCCAUUUCUUCACGACUUAGGGCAGAAGAAGGUUUCGGUUUUGUUAGCAAGUACAUCCAUGGAAAGGGCAUUGAGCUUGCCGCUUCAGCCUCCGACUUACGGAAACCUCAUAACUAUUCUCAGUAUUGAUGGUGGAGGGAUAAGAGGACUUAUUCCGGGAACCAUUCUCGCAUUCUUAGAGUCUGAGCUUCAGAAACUAGAUGGCGAAAACGCAAGGAUCGCAGAUUAUUUUGAUGUUAUUGCUGGAACAAGCACCGGAGGUCUGGUCACCGCCAUGUUAACUAGCCCCAACGAGAACAACCGCCCCUUAUUCGCCGCGAAAGAUAUUAAGGAUUUCUUCCUCAACAACUGCCCUAAAAUCUUCCCUCAAGACAGUUGCCCGUUUGCUCCUGCUACGAAGAUGAUCAAAGCCGUGAUGGGACCAAAAUAUGAUGGCAAAUACCUUCAUAGGCUUGUCAAAGAGAAACUCGGAAGCAUAAGAUUGCACCAAACAUUGACAAAUGUUGUGAUCCCAACAUUCGACAUCAAUUGUCUUCAGCCAACCAUCUUUUCUAGCUACCAGGUAAAGAAAACGCCUAGCAUAAACGCCUUGCUCUCGGACAUAUGCAUCUCGACCUCAGCAGCACCAACUUAUCUCCCAGCUCAUUACUUCGAAACCCAGGACACCACGGGAAAAGUGAGAGAAUUUAACCUCAUAGAUGGUGGCGUGGCUGCAAACAACCCUACCUUGGUUGCGAUGGGGGAAGUGGCGAAGGAGAUCAUGGGAGGAAGCUCGGAUUUCUACCCCAUAAAGCCGAUGGAUUACCAAAGAUUUCUGGUCAUAUCGCUCGGGACCGGCUCGCAAAACGUCAAAGGGAAGUACAACGCAAGUGAAGCCGCCAAAUGGGGAAUGCUGGGCUGGCUGAGCAGCAAUGGAGGUAGCCCAUUGGUCGAUGCCUUCAUGCAAGCGAGCGCCGAUAUGGUCGAUUUCCACCUCUCCGCAGUCUUCCAGGCACUACACCUUGAAGCCAACUACCUCCGAAUCCAGGACGACACAUUAACCGGUGCAGUGGCAUCCCUCGAUGUCGCGACGAAAGAGAACCUGAACGACUUAAUCAAAACUAGUGAAGCACUAUUGAAGAAACCGGUUUCAAAUGCAGACUUCGAAACAGGUCGAUGCGAGACGUGUAAAUCAGAGACCAAUGAAGAGGCUCUUAGAAGGUUCGCCAAGCAGCUUUCAAACGAGAGACAACUUCGUCUUGCGAGGUCGCCAGAUGGACAUAAUUCCACAAAUUUGAAAUUAUGCUAGUCGUGGACUAUUUCGGCAGUCUCUGAAGAUUCUUAUGGGAUACGUCAUCCAUUCUUUCAUUGUUUUUGUGUAUAGGCAUUCUUCGA